GUAACAUCAAGGGAAUAAGAAAACCAACGACUUACACGAGCGUCGAAUGUCGAGCCGGAUGUAGGCCCUCCCGAGACACCGCAUUUGUGGCACCAACGAUAGGAGCAUUAGGAACAUCCAAGAUGGCACCCACAACCCCUGCCCAGAAAUAGUCGACCACGGGUACCGGCAUGCGGCAUCGCAGCCACUGCGGAACACAGCAUACCUAUGGCACUUGCGGGGAAACAGCAUCGGUCAAGCUCCGUUCAAGGACGGCGCGGGUGCGCCGUUGGUGUGUGGGUAGCCGGAUGCCCCUUCCCAGCUCACCGUCUGCCUUGAUUGACGGCACGACUUGCCUUCCCGGACACCGAGGCCACGGCCAGGACGGCAGGCAGGCGGCAGAUUGCUCCUGCUGCGGCGAAUUUCCUGCCUCCCGUCAUGUGCCAACUCCUGCAAGUCCGUUGUAUUCCCAUCAAACCACCUCCCAUCCGCUGCCCUACGAUAUGCCGUCUUCAUCACACAGCAUCCCAACAGCAUGGCCUGCAUCCAGCGUGUCCCACGCACCAAUUCCAGUUACCAAACCAACCACCACCAUCACGCGCGCCAGAUUAGAGAAGAGCUAAUGCCGACCGAGACUUAAGCACCGCCCAUCAGGUCCAGCUGGGUCACAUCUUAUACAACCCCCCACUCCCAAGAACGAGCGAGAGAAAAAGACAACGCAUUGUCUGACCCAACCAGCGAGAAACUACGGCGCAUCUCGAAUAUCCCAGCGCGAAGGAGGAACCCGCAUAGCAGGCCUCCCUCCUCCUGCCUGCUGCCGACCUACCCGCUUCCACCGCCGUCUUGGCAAAUGCU